CACACCACAGGGUCCACUAGUUUUAAGAUUUCCAGGGGUUUUAAUUGACAUGGCUGGGUCGCGCGUCGCGGGGCGUGCUCAAAGUCGCGUCCCGUCGAGCUAGAGUGGGAAGUUGCGAAUUGAAUUUCCCAGCCACUUCGAUUUUUACCAUUUCCGCACUCCCAUAUUAUUCUUCGUUAACCGGGUUCAUGCUACGUUCUUUCUUCCCUCUUUCUUUCAUAGGAAUACACUACUUCUAAUACCGUUUGUCACUCAACGCAACAAACCUUGGUUCUCUUUGACAAGUCGGCUUUCACCUAUAAUACCUAUUCUUAGAUUAUACUCCAAUCUCUUUAAACCUAGAUACCUCGACGCAGGAUACGCAUUGUGCGCUAUACCAAGUCGCAUAGUCGUCGCAUUGGCACCGAAAAGCUCUCUCACCUUUUUUGCGCUAGUAUACCGUGUUUACUGCUCCAAAAAUGAAUCGGGGUCGCGGCGGAGGUCGAGGAGGACGCGGAGGGGGCAAUUUGGCGGCGAGAGUGCAGCCUGGCGAUCCAAUUCCUUACCCUCGAAGAAGAAGAUACAGGCCAGGAACGGUCGCACUGAGAGAGAUCCGAAGGCUGCAAAACAAUACCGAUCUGCUAUUACGAAAACUACCUUUCUCCCGACUCGUCCGAGAAAUAGCUUUAACUAUGCGCCCGGCAGACGAAGGCAUGCGAUGGCAAUCGCAAGCUAUAUUAGCCCUCCAGGAAGCAGCCGAGGCUUUCCUCGUCCACUUAUUCGAGGACUCAAAUCUAUGCGCCAUCCACGCGAAACGAGUUACCAUCAUGCAGAAGGAUAUCCAGCUCGCGAGAAGAAUACGUGGCGUAUGGGGCGGCCUUGGCUAAAGGGGAAAAGGGUAGCGAAUGAUGCCUAUCGAAAUGGUGCAGCGGGUUUUUGCGCCCACGAAAGUCAUCCCUGCAUCGGCUAAGGCCACUUACUCGCAGAGGGAGACAUGUAUAAAAAGCGGUCUGUUGACGGGGAGACAAGGCGAUCAUAUACCAGGGCGCUCAGCCGGUUGGGUCAGGGGAGAGUGAACUGGCGUUUAGGAGUAGAGAGGUGACCAGCCCAAGCAGGAGGGGAACCGGUCAGGUUUUGCAUUUUAAAUUUGAUACCACAAUGCUUUUCUAUAAGCCCGCUUGCGUUUAGUCGGGAUAUAAAGCUCAUAAUUGCGAUAUCGACAUUUUCUCUAUGAGGUAGGUAGACAAGGCUGAGGAGGCGGAAGAAU